CGCCUCGAGUACUCCACGCCAUGUCUAUCCUCAUACCCAGACACGCGCAUAUGAUCGCGUGCAAUGGGCAAUUCGAGCAGCAAGAACAAAAUCUCUGAUCAGGACAGAGCCAUCCUCGACCUGAAGAUCCAACGCGACAAACUUCAACAAUACCAGAAACGAAUCACAACGGUCACGAAUCGCGAGACGGAGAUUGCGAAGGAAUGCCUUCGGAAUGGGAAUAAGCAGAAAGCAUUGCUUGCUUUGAGGAGGAAGAAGUAUCAAGAGUCGUUGUUGUCGAAGACGGAUCAACAAUUGGCACAACUGCAGGCUCUGACGAGUGAUGUGGAAUUUGCGCUCGUGCAGAAGGAUGUGCUGUUCGGGCUGCAGCAGGGCACGGCGGUACUGAAAGAGAUCAACAAGGAGAUUGGUGGGCUGGACAAGGUGGACAUGAUACUGAGUGAGAGUGAGGAAGCAAGAGCAUAUCAAGAGGAAGUCAGUGAGAUGCUCGCGGGCAAGAUGUCCAACGAAGAUGAGGAUGCUGUGGAGGAUGAAUUGGAGGCUAUGGAAAGAGAGCAAAGGCAAGCGCAAGGAGUUCCUAGCAUGCCAGAUGCGCCAAAGGUCACUGCUGGAGAGCUUCCCGAUGCUCCAGUUGAAUCGCCCGAGGAGCGGGCAAAGGCGAGGAGGUUGGCGAGAGCAGCAAGGGAGAAGAGUGAGGCUAUACCAGCAUGAUCUCACUUCCGAUUUGGCGAGGUAGGCAUCGUUUGUCGUUGAGCGAGGCGUUGGCGGCACCGGGGGAGCAUCAAUCCAUACGAUAUCUAUCAUAGAAUCUAUCCGAUUGCGAAUGUCAGCAUUAAAUGAAAGACCGCGACAUGAGCUUCUCACUCAGGAUUUGCCAGCAUCAUACUCAACAGAAUUUGGUCCAGGGAGAAGUGAGUUCGCAAACUGUUC